AUGGAUCUCGAUACUGAUGAUGAGAUCUUAAGAACUCUCGCCGAUGGCAAGUCCAUGGACUAUGAGCUGUGGCCAGGCCUCCUCUCACGCUUGAUACCCAGAUUACACAAGAUUGUGCAAACCGAGUUUCCAUCCCCAUCUUCUCCCCCGCCUCAGCAACCCGCAGCGCAAUCAAUAUCCUCCUCCCCGCCAAUCCAGACCAUAAACCCCGACCCAUCAAGUCAAAAUAGCGGCUCCUCCACACAAUCCACAGAUAAAGAGAAUGCCCCUCCUCCAGGCGUACAGUCACCAUCAGCUUCUCUCCCGACGCAGGUCCAAACCCUUCUCACAUCUAUCACCUCAACUCUAGAAUCUCUCUUCUCCAAAUACCCACCCCACACCGUCCAGCGGCUAGCAGAACUCAUCCUCUACCCCCGCCAACACUACCGCAUCCUCUCCUCCUACCUUCAUGCCGUCGACCGAACCGUACACGUCACAUCAGGGGCGCACAUUUUCCCCCUUCCCGCGGCCAUCCCGGAUCCCUCCAGCGCGGCAGUUUUAUCAAACGGGACCACCGACCCUCUAACGAUCACCUGGGGCAACCCCGCCACGAUCUCCCAGUCCGCCCUAGGUUCAGACGAGAGUCUAGGCGGCGCGCUGCUCACACCUAUACCGUGGCUGAGCAAAAAUAGCAGCAAUGGUAGUAAUGGAGGCAGUCACUCCCCAGAAGUCAAAACCGAGAGCACGGAGAUGAUCGAAGGCCCCAAUGGCCCGGGAGGCAUCGAGACCGUGUCCGUGUCCGUAAACGGGAUAUCCUCAGCCACAGCCUCGGUAGCCUCAUCCUCGAGCGAUGGUAAUGAUGGUACCGCGGCAUUGAGAGCAGAAGGAGGGGUUACGCAGGGCGAGCUGCUGAGGCAGGAACAGCGCGCGGGCGUGGUGCCUGCGUCGCAGCUGGCAGGUACAAAAGGAGAUUCGGAUGGUAUGGGUGAGGAGGACGAGGUACCCCAUGCGAGGGGGCCCGAGGAAAUCGGGAUGGAGGAUAUGGGCCCGCAGUCUGGUCCUACGCCUGGAGUUAACAUGCAGGGCAUUAAUGUCGAGGCUGCGGUUGGACGGAAAGCGGAGUCGAACGAGAAUGAGGAUGAGGAGAUGAAGGAGGGCGACGAGGAGGCGGCUGCACCUGGUACGCCGAAGCGGGAGGCAGAGGAGGAUAUCGGACCUGCUGAGAAGCGGGUUAAGGAGGCGGCUGGAGAGGGCGGGGAGGGGGAUAUUGCAGUGGGGGAUCCCUCCGCUUCGAACACCGAAGGCGAGGAAAAGAAGCCGGAAUAG